AGGCGUUCUGUGGCGCUGGUCGCUGCUUUUCUCGCGGUAGGUGGAGGCGGGCUGGAUUGAAAUUGUAUGGAAUCUAGGCCUCCUUUUCAUACAGAAGAAAAACUCACCGAGGCAGGUCAAGAGAGAAGAAUGGUACCCAACCAGACUCUCACGGGGUCAUUCUCGCGAUUUGAAUUGACUGUGGGAUGGGAAUCAACUCUGCUCAUUGUGUCCUGCAUCGCGAACCUCAGAUCCCGAUUCGGCUGGCAUUUUGCUUGCUACACGCAUUAAGUUUCAUUUAACCUCGAUUCAGGGACGCAUGAUGAAUCGUGAGGACCUCAGGGUUCACGAGGACCUAGAUCUAGGCUUUUGUUGGUAUGGCAUGGUUUGACCGAGAGUUUGGAUUUGGCUAGGUAGUAGGGAGGGGUGACUGACGGGCCCUUCACGAAGUUCUUACCUAAAGCAUGAUUAGUAGUCACACUUACCCCGCGUCUGGAUGCAUUCAUAUUAGUUUUCUGAUUUCAUACUUCAGCCUCGAACAUUUUGUUGAGGUUUAAAUCAUAUCGCGAAGUUUUAAGUCAGACAGGUACACCUGUUGAGGUACUGCCUUGUUUGGUAGUCCAUGGGAACUAUGCGGGAAGUAUGCAGCAGCUGUCAUGCGAGAAAAGACGGCGAUGAUCAAUCAUCAAUCUCUCGUCAUCGUACACAUCGAAAUCUCAGGGGAAGGGGGAUUUUCGCAGCAGCGUGACGCAACCGUUCUACUUCCUUGCCAUCCCUCUCUCUGCCUGAACGCUCUCGCUUCUCUUUCUGUGCCGCAAACAACUCACCCAUCAGCAUCACCCAUCACAUCACAUCACACAAAAAGCUCCGGGUUCAGAUACAACGAACGAAAUGAUGCACCGCACCACUGCUCCACAUUCCUUUUCAAAUUAUCCCAAGCUUCCUGGGCGGGCGAGUCUGCAUGCCCAGAAGCCCAGCCACGGCUCGCGUGGAAAUGCGCAAGAUACGGUACUGUACAAAAAAGAUGGAAAGAUAAGCCCUCUCUGCAUGUACAGUAAGCCAAUUGGGUGGGGCCUGGGGGAUGGAAUGCAGAUCGGACCCCGCGCUCGUCUCGUCAGACACAGACACACGGAGGGAGCACCAGAAGUCCAUGGCCCUGCCGCAAAGCAUAAUCUAGAGGCGAUUUGAUUUCCUGGGUUCUAACUUAGCUAAAGAAAACAAUGGGUACUGUAACGCAGAGAAAGUGAGAAAGUAGACAUCCGAAUCAUGACACGACGAUUUACUUUCCCGCUAUCUGCAGUCCCCCAGCCAUGCACUGCAGAUGCAUAGCUACUCUAAUUCAUGUCUACCAAAAAGUGUAUCUCUCCCUCAACGGCGAGUCCGUCUGGGCAUGAUACGCCGUGCAGCAUCUCCCAAACUCUGCUCGCAGUUCGCAUUGCUCACCACUCCGUCUCACUGGCCAGGCAUCUCUAACUUCCUAGCAUCUCAAGCUGUUGACAGCCCCAGGCAGAGCGCUACUGUAGAGCGCGCACGGUGGUGGCUUAGAUGCUGUUGCGAGAUGUUAGCUUCAUGACGUUAAGGCGAAUAAUAAUGAGUGGGACGCUCGCUGGUUCGGGUGCAGGUGGUUCACCCCAAACGACCGACCCUCUUGUGGUUUAGAGCGUGCUCGAUCUGCGGGGUUUUCCUGGGGAUGGGGGAUACAGUAACUUAACUUACCUCCAAAAGGUUGGACGCUUGGCGGCAGUGGGUGGAGCAUCCCUCCCCCUGCGCAGUAGCCUGCCGAGAGCGAGAUAUGGGCAGUGGAUAUGGGGUUUCUCUACCAACCAGGCAGGCAGAUGGAUGUGCUUUCAGUGGUGGAGAGCUGGCUGCGGUUGCAAGUCCCGGUUUUAGUGCACUGGGAGGAGCUAAAUUACCUUCAUAGGGAUAGGAGGGAGGGAUGGAUGGUAGGGCAGGGAGGCAGAAGCUGACUCUGACUGGCGGUACGAGAGAGGGGAAAACAUGAUGGACCUAUCCUAUCUUGCCGUUCUUGUUCUUACGUUAGGGAUGAGAUAGAUAGACACACCUGGCCUGGCCUGGUCUGGUCUGGCUUGGGACUGGCGGGAGGUAUAUAAGGGGUAGGUCCCGUGGUUUCUCUUCUCAAACCGAUCCUUGAUUUUGACAUACAACAACAACAAACCCCGCAUCGUCAUCAUAUUCGCCCAAAUUAACAACAAAGAAAAGAAAAGAAAAGAAAAGAAAAGAAAAGA